AAAAAUAUUUUUUUGAAUACAUACUAUUUGGCGCUAAAUAUCAAAAAUUCAAAAUUUACAGUCUCACAAAUAAAUUAUAUAGUAAUGGACAUUUAUUUUGUCGAUAAAGGAAGGCAAGAUGAAAUUGAAACAUUUUAUGAAGCUUGUCAACGGCACAGGGACUAUUAUAGGGGCUACCCGAAAGCAUACCACCCUCUGCUUUACUUCAAAGAUCCAGAGUACGCGUACCAAUGCCCUCCUGAAAUGACUACGACGUAUCUAUCGUUCCCGAGUUAUCACGUGAAGUAUAAGCAGCCAGUGGUUUUGCCUGUUGCCGGUCACCGUACAAGCGGUAUUCCUCCCUUGCCAGACCGCACUCUCGCUGGGCGCUUUAAUAAAGCAGCUUGUAAAGCUUUCAUCAGAUAAAUUUCGAAAGUUGUAACACAUUACUGUUGUCGAGUGUCGUGACGCGAAAUCAGGCGACCGAUAAAGACGAUGUAACUAUGUAAGUAUAUACAUCAGUCCGUCGUGGUGAUGGCGCGAUGACUUCUAGAUGCUCCGAUUGGUCGAUCCCAUCGUGACUCCAAAUUACUUUACAACACCUCACAACAGUAAUGUACCUGUCGUCGAAGAAAUCCGAGAUUUUGGCAAAAUAUAUCUAAAUUCUGCACAAAGCACCAAGUCGACCAGAUGUUGAAAAUAAAGAUAACGAAUAAUU